AUGGCAGACAAUGGCAAGCAUCGGCCGGUGCCCAAAGACCUGAAGACGCUGAGUGGCAUCCUCUGCGUCCACACCACCGUAAACGGCUGCAUCGGGUCCUUUGUGCAGAUGAUUUUCGCAUCGAACCUCCUCAUUGGGUGUGUGGUGGCGGUCGUUGGUGGCUGCUUCAGCCCCGUUGGCACCUAUUUGACGAAGCGAGCGACCAGCGGUUUGUCGCCGAAAGCAGCACUGAUUUUGAUUGUCUUCGCCAACGUCUUCGGCCUGGGGAUGGCCUUGGUGGUGGAACAUCUCUUCGUGAUGAUUUGGGGCUUCGUAACCACCUCUGUGGCCAUACAGCUCCUCAUGCAGUACGUGGCGGAUUUCCAUGCCUCAAUUGGCGCCACCGAAGUGGAGAAGGCCAUAUGGUCCGGGCAAAUCCAGGGCCCACCGGUACUGUGCCUCCUGGUCGGCUCCUUGCUUGGGCCUUGCAUCUUCUCGACAAUAUGGCACGCACAAGCGGCUGGCGUUUGGGUUCUGGCGAUCAGCUCAUCGGCCUUGUUUCUCCUGCCGAGUCCGGCGAGUAGCAAGCCAGCAGAUGCACCCUGGCGCCUCAAUGAACUCAGCCGCGAGUUGAUGGGCGCCCUCUCCGCACUGACCCUGCUAGCCGUGCACAACGCCUGCCGUGAUGCCCUCCUGGGUCCGACGGUGACCCUGCGCUUCGAGCUGGAUCCGUGGGCCUGGGGACAGCUCCAGUUCCUGGGAGCUCUGGGAGGCGUGAUUGGCAUGACGAUGACGCCCGGAAUAGUUCAGCAAGCACCCCGGUCAUUCACGGUGAUCGUCAUGGUGUUGUCCCUGCUCACACGGGUGGCAGAGCACUUCACCCUCAGCUUUAGCGUAUUCAUGGCAUCCACGUUCUCAAGUGCCGUGCUGAAGAUGAUGCUAGUCCCUCUUCUGUGGAAGCUUCUGCACACAUCACCAAAAUAUGCCGAGCAGAUGCCAGUUUUGCAGCAGGUGCAGGCGGUGUCCGAAGGGGUCAUUGGCUUUGUUGUCCCGCUGUCAGUCUUGAACGAUGCCUUUGUUGCGUGUGGUACACCACUGCAAAAUCUGAGGGCAGUUGGCAGCAUUGACCUGAACCUCAGCCGGGCCCUGUAUUUUGUGAGCGGGCUGCUGCUCGUCUUGAGUGUCAUGUUUUCCCCCGCCUCUGCCGAAGAAGUGCAGAUCCACGGCGAGGUCAACCUUAAGAAGCACGUGCAGCGAUUGGUUGCAGCGCAGAAGUACCGCGACGUGCCAAAGAUCCAGAGGUCAUACGCCGUGGUGGUCAACGGGCCCAGCGCACUCCGGGGCAAGUAUGAGCGCUCCGGGGAGCUCAAUAGCUACCCCUUGUUCAAGUGCGACGGUGGGCAGCACUUGUGGUGCGACCCGAGCGCUGGCAAGUGGAGGAUCUCUGACAAGUCCAUGGAUGACUGGUGCUUCUCAGCCUCCGUGGUUCCGGGAGUCGAGCUGCCGCCGCGUGGUGGAUGGGAGGCUCUCAAUGAGUCCCGGGGCGUCCUUGCCCCCCACUAUCUGCGAGAGGCGGCUUUCAAAUUGAAGCCGGCACCUGCUUGCAACAAGGGCCACCGUUUGCGGCCGGAUGUCCGAGGGAACCAUCGAUGUGAUAUCUGUGGAACCAGCGGUACCGCCUUUCGGUGCCCGGAGGGCGGUUGCGACUACGACAUGUGCAAGCCUUGCUAUGAGCAGACGAAGGAGACGUGUGAGGGAGCCGCCUCGAACCUGGCUGCGGAGGACGUGGAUGCGAUGAUUCAGAAGCUGCUGGGGACGGACUCGACUGGGCAGGAGGUUGUCUUCCGAGUUCAAGAAGGAGCCACGCUGGCGGAGGAGUGGGCCGCCAGGCUGCGAAAGAGUAGAUGA